CUCUCUCAACCUCUCUCCUCCCUCUCACCCUCUCUUCCUCUCUCUCCCCUUCUCCCCCCCUCCCUACCCUACCUCUCUCCAACGAACCCAUGCCCUCCAAGACAAUAUGCUGUGGAGAAAAAGCAGUGGUGGUGAGUCUCUACGUGGAGGGGCCAAGGAAGGGAUCAUCAGAAACUGAUAAACAUCACCAUUAUCACCGCAUUAGAAAAAGGCCCACACAUCACAAACUUGAUGGUGGGCCCAACAGGAGAGCCAAUCUCCUUCUCUACUCUCAACACCUAAGAGAAACCGCUACCGUCCAAUCAGCUACACCAUCUCCACCUCAUCCCGCAUCCAACGAUCCACAGCCUAUAAGUAAGAUUAUCCCGGCUGGAUCUAAGCAUAAAAAUUCAAGAACUCCCACUUGCCUCGGUGACUUGAGGGCGUUGAUUCCACGGUUUAUAAGAUCGUUGGCGGGCCUCAGCAGUAAAAAAGAGAAGAAGAAGGAGCAUAGCAGAUCCACACCCAAUAAGAUGAACACGGUUAUUAAAAGUCUUGAUGUGAAAAAGAAGUUGGGAUUCGUUACAAAGCUUCUAAAAACAUUACGAAAGCGAAGAUUCAGUUAGCUAAUCCAGGCAUGGAUUUGGUAGGAUUUGAGUUUGGGCUGGCAAUACCUGAGUUAGAUUGGGCGUUGCUUGAUAUGAAAACAUGUACUUAAAUGGGCUAAUGUUGCAGCAUUGAAGUCACCAGUUCAAUGGCUCCCCCAUCAACAGGAAAGAUCUGUAUCCAUUGACAAUUGAAGGAGUUUGUUUUGGGUCCCUUGGACCCAAACGCAGAGAUGGCUGGAUGAUUUGAAUUGUCGCGCCUGUGGUAGAUGGGCGAUGGUCCAAUGAUGAUAUUGAAAGCAUGAUAUCAAGCAAUGACCAGUGGAGUUUGAAGAUGAACCAUUGUAAAUGUUAGUUUCUACAUGUUUUGAAUAUGAACCACUGUCAAUUUUAGCAUCUACACGUUCAUGUCAACAAACACACACACAAAGAUGACCAGAAUUAUUCAUUUCUUUCUUCCUGUCUUCCUUCUUUUUUUCUUUUUCCUUCUUCACAUCAUGGAUAUUAAUGGUAGCAACCAGGUGAAGGAUGGUUGCUAUCAGAGCACCAGUUUUACAAGUGGGCC